AUGUGGCUCCUCACUGUAUAUGAGGUGCUUCUACAAACAGUUGAAGAAAUGGAGAGGAAGUUCAACAAGCACCUUAGAAGAUGGUUGGGAAUACCCCCGAGCUUUACAUCGUUGGGGCUUUACAUGAGGUCGGGCCAGCUCCAGCUACCCCUGUCAUCAGUGGUGGAGGAGUUUAAAGUUGCCAAAUGUAGACUGUCCCUGACAUACAGGGACUCUCAAGACCAACUUACCAGGGAAGCAGGGAUUAGAACUAGAUCAGGCCGUAAGUGGGCCGCCGGCACAGCAAUUAACCAAGCAGAAUGUUCACUCAUGACCAAAGAGAUCAUUGGAAACCCUUGUACUGGAAGGCAGGGUCUAGGAACAUCACAUUUCCAGAAGUGGUCAAAGUCCACCCCUAGGGAGAAGAGAGCUAUGAUCCAGGAUGAAGUUCGAACCCUUGAGGAAGAAAUGAGAAGAGCAAAAUCCAUCGAGCUUGCAACUCAAGGUGCCUGGACGAGGUGGAACCUCCCCAAGAAGAAAAUCACAUGGAGUGAACUGUGGCGGCUGGAGCCCUUCCGUAUAUCCUUUUUACUCCGAGCGGUGUAUGACACCUUACCAACCCCAGUCAAUUUGCACAGGUGGGGGAUGAGGGAGGACCCACUGUGCAAGUUAUGUGGUGGGAGAGGUACAAUGGCGCACAUUCUGUCAGGGUGUAAGACCGCAUUGACACAGGGGAGAUACAGGUGGCGCCAUGACAAGGUGUUGGCAGUGCUCGCAGACAUACUGGAGCAAGAAAGGAGGAAGAAACAACCAGCCAAAGUAAGACCAUCACUGAGUACCAUUGCCUUUGUGAAAGAAGGCCAAAGACCUGUUGUCCACAGCCAAGCCAAGCAGAACCUUCUGCAGUCAGCCAAGGGAUGGGAAAUGGGGGUUGACCUAGGGAGGAAACUCCACUUCCCCGAUGCGGUACUGGUCACAACUCUAAGGCCCGAUAUCAUCAUGUGGUCUCCGGAGGGAAGGAAGAUCAUCCUGGUGGAGUUGACGGUGCCGUGGGAGGAGGGCUGUGAGGAAGCUGCAGAGAGGAAAAGAGCCAAAUAUCAGCAACUUGUUGCAGACUGCCAGGACAAAGGGUGGAUAUGUUGGCUGAUGACAGUGGAAGUCGGAUGUCGUGGAUUCCCAGCUCAAUCUGUGUGGAAUCUAUUGACAAAGGUUGGACUGAGGGGCCACUUAAGGAAAGCAGCCGUUCGUAAGCUGGGGGAAGCGGCAGAGAGAGCCUCCUGUUGGCUCUGGCAUAAGAGAGAGGACACAAGCUGGAAACUUGGAGGAGAGGGGCAUGACUUCCAGGAAAGUCUGGAUGGCAACCGAGGAAGGUCGGUGACGCUGGAAAGACAGCUGACCUCCAGGAAAGACUGGCGGGGUAACAGGGGCCAGCAACCCCUGUUGCGGCACUCGCAAGAGGGCACCAAUCAAGCUACAGAACUGACAAAUGAACAAUACCCCCAGAGUCUCCCGAGAGGGGGGGAGGAUGAGAGGCUCACUCGGACAGAUACAAUGGCAACGACAAGGACAGUGACACAGACGCAGAGAAGGUUCAUACAGACCACCUUGACCGGGGAGGCAUCGGAAGUGAAAUGCAGUUGCGGACGGAUCUGCAAAGGCGUAAGAGGGCUCAAAAUACACCAGAGCAAGUCCACGUGUGGAAAAGGACGGAUGCAUGCACACCGCUCAGACGAACCGUCUGGUGAGACGGAGGAGAACCCUAGGCAGGAAGCACACCAUAGUCCUAGGGAUCUCUCAGUGCCGGCAAUCCCCCAAGACCAUACAAGGAGAACUUCCUACUCCAACACAGAAAGCCUACCCCAUCUAACGAACGAAAGAAUUAAGUGGCCCAAAAUGAGUGACAGAGAGGAGUGGUCAAAGUUAGAUGAAGAUCUGGACAAAGUGCUUGGAGCGGUUCAAGCAGGAUCAGUGGAAAGGAAGGUGGAUUUACUGACCGCCAUCACAUACAAUGUGGCAAAGGAACGGUUUGGAGUAGUGCCUAGGAGACAGAAUAAAGCAAGACCAGAAAAGCAGGAUAACAGAAGACAGAGAAAGAUCCAACAACUUAGGAAGGGGAUCAAGACCCUGAGGAAGCAGUUCAAACUGGCAAGCACAGGAGAGAAGGAAGGAAUAAAAGAGCUAACAGCCAGCCUCCGUGAGCAGCUAAUUAGAACAAGAAGAGCUGAGAGAUUCAAGCAGAGGCGGAAAAAGCAGGAAGCUGCACGAGCUCAGUUUAUAAAGGACCCAUACCGCUUCACUAAAUCACUUCUGGGGGAGGUGAGGUCCGGGACUCUAACGAGUACCAAAGAGGAGGUGGAGCAGGCUGUUGAGGAGGGAUUCAGUGACCCUACAAGAGAUGAGGUCCUGGAAGAAAAUCUCAGGCUUCUUAACGUCGACCCACCUACCACAACCCUCAGUACAGAGUGUCCAUCAUGGAGAGAGGUUCAAGAGGUUGUUAAGAAUGCAAGAUCAUCUUCGGCCCCAGGUCCAAGCGGUAUACCAUACAAAGUAUACAAAAGAUGCACUAAGCUCCUGCGAAGGCUGUGGAAGCUUAUGCGGGUAAUUUGGUCCAAGGGAACCAUUCCAACAAGCUGGAGAAGGGCGGAAGGGUGCUUUGUGCCCAAAGAACAGGGAGCCACACAGAUCAGCCAGUUUCGAACUAUAUCCCUUCUUAGUGUGGAGGGGAAGAUUUUCUUUGCAGUGCUUGCAAAGAGAAUGGGCGCUUACAUGACCCAGAAUGGAUAUAUUAACACCUCUAUCCAGAAGGGCGGUGUGGAAGGAUUCUCCGGGUGCUUGGAGCAUACAGGAGUUCUCAGCCAACUCAUCCAAGAAGCAAAGGAAAAGAAGGGCAGCCUAACAGUUGUCUGGCUUGACUUCGCAAAUGCAUACGGGUCUAUUCCCCAUAAUUUAAUUCAAGUCGCUUUGGACUACUACCACAUCCCUCAUAACAUCCAGGGCAUAAUCACCAGUUACCUGAGAGAUAUCAAGUUGCGAUUCCAGUCCGCCAGGUUUACUACAAAGUGGCAGCCAGUGGAGAAGGGGAUAGUGACAGGAUGCACAAUCUCUCCCAUCUUGUUCACCAUGGGAAUGAACCUGAUCAUCUCUGUAGCGAGUACAAAGGCAAGGGGACCAAAGACCGCAACUGGAUGUCAACAGCCAGCGAUCAGGGCAUUCAUGGAUGAUCUUACUGUGAUAACGCCAACUCAUGUGCAGGCAAGAUGGGUCCUGGCAGAACUGGAUAACAUGGCCACUUGGGCGAAGAUGGUUUUCAAGCCCAAGAAAUCAAGGAGCCUGGUGAUUCAGAAGGGUAAAACAACUGGAAAGUUUAAGCUACUUGUUCAAGGGGAAGUGAUCCGAAAUAUCCAGGGCAACCCAAUUAGAUGCCUUGGAAAGUGGUAUGAUGAUUCCCUGUCAGACAAGAACAACAUCUCCAGCACUAGAAAACAAGUUGAAGAGUGGCUGAAGAAGAUCGACAAGUCUGACCUGCCUGGGAAAUACAAGUGCUGGAUCUACCAACACGGCUUGCUCCCAAGACUCAUGUGGCUCCUCACUGUAUAUGAGGUGCUUCUACAAACAGUUGAAGAAAUGGAGAGGAAGUUCAACAAGCACCUUAGAAGAUGGUUGGGAAUACCCCCGAGCUUUACAUCGUUGGGGCUUUACAUGAGGUCGGGCCAGCUCCAGCUACCCCUGUCAUCAGUGGUGGAGGAGUUUAAAGUUGCCAAAUGUAGACUGUCCCUGACAUACAGGGACUCUCAAGACCAACUUACCAGGGAAGCAGGGAUUAGAACUAGAUCAGGCCGUAAGUGGGCCGCCGGCACAGCAAUUAACCAAGCAGAAUGUUCACUCAUGACCAAAGAGAUCAUUGGAAACCCUUGUACUGGAAGGCAGGGUCUAGGAACAUCACAUUUCCAGAAGUGGUCAAAGUCCACCCCUAGGGAGAAGAGAGCUAUGAUCCAGGAUGAAGUUCGAACCCUUGAGGAAGAAAUGAGAAGAGCAAAAUCCAUCGAGCUUGCAACUCAAGGUGCCUGGACGAGGUGGAACCUCCCCAAGAAGAAAAUCACAUGGAGUGAACUGUGGCGGCUGGAGCCCUUCCGUAUAUCCUUUUUACUCCGAGCGGUGUAUGACACCUUACCAACCCCAGUCAAUUUGCACAGGUGGGGGAUGAGGGAGGACCCACUGUGCAAGUUAUGUGGUGGGAGAGGUACAAUGGCGCACAUUCUGUCAGGGUGUAAGACCGCAUUGACACAGGGGAGAUACAGGUGGCGCCAUGACAAGGUGUUGGCAGUGCUCGCAGACAUACUGGAGCAAGAAAGGAGGAAGAAACAACCAGCCAAAGUAAGACCAUCACUGAGUACCAUUGCCUUUGUGAAAGAAGGCCAAAGACCUGUUGUCCACAGCCAAGCCAAGCAGAACCUUCUGCAGUCAGCCAAGGGAUGGGAAAUGGGGGUUGACCUAGGGAGGAAACUCCACUUCCCCGAUGCGGUACUGGUCACAACUCUAAGGCCCGAUAUCAUCAUGUGGUCUCCGGAGGGAAGGAAGAUCAUCCUGGUGGAGUUGACGGUGCCGUGGGAGGAGGGCUGUGAGGAAGCUGCAGAGAGGAAAAGAGCCAAAUAUCAGCAACUUGUUGCAGACUGCCAGGACAAAGGGUGGAUAUGUUGGCUGAUGACAGUGGAAGUCGGAUGUCGUGGAUUCCCAGCUCAAUCUGUGUGGAAUCUAUUGACAAAGGUUGGACUGAGGGGCCACUUAAGGAAAGCAGCCGUUCGUAAGCUGGGGGAAGCGGCAGAGAGAGCCUCCUGUUGGCUCUGGCAUAAGAGAGAGGACACAAGCUGGAAACUUGGAGGAGAGGGGCAGUGACCUGGCCAGUCACUGCUGACCCACCAACUGGAGGGUGUUGUGGUUAAGGGUCGAAACACCCAGUGAAGGUUGGGGACCACCUGACGACCUCACCUCCAGGCCAAGGCUUCAUCCAUUA